ACUUUACAAAACCAAUAUGGCUGCCAACAAGAAUCGUAAAGCUACUAAGCGUACCUUGCCGUCUAGCGGUACUUCCCCAUUCGCCAGCAAGAAAAAAAGACCACAGACUCCCAUUAUAGCCGAAGACAUCGACUCAGCCUGUAGCAGCCCCGCGUCUUAUUCUACGAUCGCUAGUGAGGUUACGAUCAAUAACAGUGGCAGCACUGUCCCCACGCCAGCCGCCAUGGUAUUCAAGGAUCCAAAUUUUGAGCAUUCUGGUAUCAACAACUCAAAGAAGAGGAUUUGGAAGAACCUCAAGCAAAUCCUAACAAUAGAACGCGGAUUACCUUGGAAGGAGGAUGACCCAACAUAUGGUAGUAUUGAUGCUCCACCUUCAUUCAAACCUGCCAAGAAGUACUCAGAUUUGUCAGGACAACAAUCCAAAUAUAAAGACCCCAGGACUGGUUUACAGUUCAGCACUUCCUCCGAGUUCUCAACGUCAAGGAAUUUACCAUCUGACAUUGUUACUGGAUAUUUAUCCCUACGGAAGGCAGCACCAACGUAAAACACAAUUCUCUUGGGGGUGAAGAUGACUUUUUAUGUAAUCUGGAAUUAGCUGCAGGUACAUUCUGAAUUACAUAAAAAUGUUGUACAGGAUAUGUAGGAUAUGUUGUAAAUAAAUUAUUAUUUAAAUUCUCA